AUGGAUGAAAGGUUGGAUAACAUUGAAGGAAAAUUUGAUUCCAGACUUGCAGCAACAGAGGCAUCAAUCGAAAGACUUUCAAAAAUUGUUCCAGGAAAGCAACCUGUUGUUACAACAGCUGAUAACUCUUUUCCACAAAAUCAAGGUGUUGUGGCCACCCAAAACUUCAACCAGCCAAUGCCUAACCAAAUACAGCCUAUAGUAGACUCAUCACUGCAAUCUUUAACACAAAAGGUAGAAACUCAUCCUUCUUUUCCUCCUCAAACUCGAUAUCAAGAAAAUUCAAGGAUGAAUGAUAUAAAUAAAGGUAUUAAGCUUGAUGUUAGUGAUUUUCAUGGAGAAAGUGAUCUGGAGGUAUUUCUUUAUUGGCUACAUGGUAUGGAAAGCCUCUUUAAGUGGCAUCACUUGGGUGAUGAGCAAAAAAUUUACUUUGCAUAA